GCGCAAACUCCAUGUGGUGGAAGCUCAGCUGCGCCCACACCAGUUGAGCCACAAGAGAGAGAGAGAGAAGAAGGAUAAGAAAGACAAAAAAGAGAAGAAGGACAAGAAAGACAAAGACAAGAAAUCAAAGAAGGAAAAGAAACAGGACCGUCGUACUCCCACUCCAGAAAGUACACGUCUUCCAUCACCGUUCAUCCCGCCGCUGGAGUGUCCUGGGGCAUCUUCACCAUCGAUCCAAUCUGUGGAACCCAGCAAUGGCCUUGAUGAGGCCGGUAUGGGCCCCAAGGCUGGUGAGAUUGAGAAGGUAGAUACGGGCAAUAUUUACCACAAGUAUGCCUUGAACGCAGAGGCCCUUGCUGCAUUGAACAGGAAGGCCACAGCUGAUUUGUUGGCGGAGGGUUUGGGCCCAGCUGAAGUUGCUGAUGGUACAGUUGGGGAAGUAGUUGAACUUUCUGACCAUGUCAAGAAGCUGCGGCAUGCACACCUCAACAAGUUUGGUCGAAGCUUGAAGAGCAAAUCCACCCCGGCUGAAAUCAAAGUCCUGGCCCGCAAUAUCCGUGCAGGCCAGGGACAUACAGGCUAUAACAGUCACUUGCACCAUUCCAUGAAUCAUGCGUUUAAAUGCUUAUUCCAUUUUUGCGGGUGA